AUGUACGGGCCAAGUCGCGGGUUCCCGACCCAACAGAAAUCCUCUUCACCACACCCAAACUAAAAACCCUCCAAAACCCAGCGGAAUCGAAGCAAAAGAAAUGGCGGCUUUGAUACCAAGGCGUCUCAUUUGCACCAAAAUAUCCCGGAAUAGUCAUCAGCAUCAGCUCCGAUGGAGCGUAAGGCAGGUUACGAAAUCCAACUUCAACGACUCCCUCCACGACUUCCACUCCCACCUCUCCUCUUCCGACUUCGUCGCCGUUUCCCUCCAGAACACCGGCUCUUUCUCCGCCGCUUGGCACCGUCUCUCCUCCUUUGACUGCCCGGAAACCGCCUACCUCAAGGCCCAACGAGCCGCCGACCGCUUCCAGCUCCUCCAGUUCGCUGUCUGCCCCUUCACUAUCUCUGGCUCCAAAGUCACUGCCCACCCUUAUAACUUCCACUUGUUCCCUAGGGAUGAAUUAAACAUUGGGAUGCCCUCUUACAGUUUUUCAUGUCAAACUUCAUAUUUGACAGCUAUGGCUCAACAAGGUUUCGAUUUUAACGCCUGCAUAUAUGAUGGUAUAUCAUACUUAUCCAGAGCACAAGAGUUGGUAGCAAAAGUUCGAAUGGGCAAUCCGAUUGCUAUACAUCAUGUUAUGAAACCUUCUUCUACCUCACCUAGCGUUGCUGAUACGAUUUUCGUAGAAAGGGUUAAAUCACGCAUUAAGCAUUGGAAAAAAGCAUGCGCAGAUUCCUCAAGCAGAAAGACUGAUGAGGCUCUUGUAAAAUCGCUGAGAAAACUUGUCUUAGGGGGUGAACAGUAUGGAUCUAGACCAUGCAUGACAAUAGAUGUUUGCAGUGAACGUCAAGUUCAGCUUGUGUUAGAGAUGUUAGGAGAGUUCUCUGAUGACCUUGUUGCUUUGAAAAUCCCAACAAAGGGUGGAGGAACCCAGGCAGUUCGUGUUGUUUUGACAAGUUCAAUGGAAGACAAGAGUCUUUUUGAGAGGGAGCUUCAGAAUGUUGAAGAGGAACAAAACAAGAAAAUAAGAGGCUUUCGAGAGGUGAUCGAUUUGAUAUCUGCUUCGCAGAAACCUGUUGUCUCCCACAAUUCCCUUAAUGAUUUCUCAGUUAUUCAUUCAAAAUUCAUAGGUCCACUUCCUGUCAACAUGGAUGAGUUCCUUUGCUCUUUGCGAUUAGUUUUCCCCCAUGUAUUUGAUGUUAACCAUCUGAUGAAGGAAAUUGGUCCUUUAGAAAAUGUGACCAAUGUACCUGCAGCCAUAUCUUACCUCAAGAAUCGGUUCUUUGCACCCAUUGACAUGGAAAUUUCUCAUGGAGCUUUGUUAAAUGAAGGCAAGAUUCAUGGGCAAACUGUUUUGAGAAUAUGUCAUUUGUUCGCAAAACUGUGCUCUUUACUGAGAAUCACUCCUGGUGCUAUCCAGUCUAGUGAUGACAAUAUAACUUCUCUCCUUGAUGGAUAUGCAAAUCCCUUCAAAUCAUGUUCUGGAAGUUCUCAAGAAUCAGUUGAUGGGGGUAUCAGAAUUUGGACAAAGGGCCCGAGGAAAGUAGGCUGUAAGCAUUUAGUUUUCUUGUGGGGAUUUAGGGAUAGCUUAUCUGCUGGAAUGCUUAAGAGCUUGCUCCAAGGGUCGCAUGAUGUUUUCUCUGAAGAAUUUGAUGUCUGUUUGGUUGAUAAGAGCUGUGCCAUUGUGGUUUUCUUGCAACCUAAUUUAUCUCAAGCUUUUCUGGAUAUAAUGAGUAGCGAAGGAAUCAGUGGAUCAUUAAGGGAAUUGGUUUCAGAAGGCCUAAGGGCAGCAGGUUAUGAGACUUACAAGAGGGCAUGUAGUUUGGGUUAUUGGGAGGCAGAUUUAGCAAGUUCCUUAGACAAAGCCUCUGCAACUCCUGAUUGUUUUUCUCAAAGUGGUUCUGAAACAAAUCCAUCAGAGGUUUACUGGUGCAAUGACUUGAUGAUUAACUUGGGCGACCUGUGAGGUAUAAAAGUUUCCACUUCUCAGGUAUUUGCUUCAACUGAGUAGGAGGCUUGGAGUUGAUACUAAUUUGAGACUAAUCUGAUACCAACCUCUGAAGUCCAGAUCAUUGAUUGCAUUCCUGAUAGGCUCGAACAUUUUAAGAAGUCAGAAAUUUUGCUUAUAGGUUAAUUGCCUAAGUUGCAACGGUAUAUUUGAAAGUUAUGGUGGACCAUAUUUAAGCCAGGUCGAACAAUAUUUGAUUGCAUUUUGCAAGUGUUUUCCUUGUAUUGCUGCUAAUACUAUGCUAACAUUUUUACACCUAGACUUGAAUAUUUUAUUAUUUGUCAUGUUUUGACAACUAGGCUAUGUUUCUUAGGGAGGAAGGAAAAGAGUAAAGGAAGGAGAAUUUUUCCCAAAGGUACGGU